UGUGUGGCUCUUCCCUUUGCGCAGGUGCUGUGUCUCAUCACUGCCCCAGUCACCAUGAUUCUCAGCAGCCAACAGGAUGCAUCCUUUGCUUUUGCCUCACUCGCCAUUGUCUUCUCUUCUUACAUCACUCUGGUUGUGCUGUUUGUGCCCAAGAUGCGGCGUCUCAUCACCCGGGGAGAGUGGCAGUCUGAGCAGCAAGACACUAUGAAGACAGGCUCCUCCACUAACAACAAUGAGGAAGAGAAAUCACGGAUGCUGGAGAAGGAGAACCGUGAACUUGAGAAAAUCAUUGCAGAGGUGAGCUGGUGCUGGUGGGGAGAUGGAAUGACUUAUUCAGGGUUGUGGUGGAAAACAAUGACGCUGCGGUAUAGGUGACUCUGUGCCUUUCUU